CACACUCAGAGCAUCAGCACUCAGCUCAUGGUGAUUAACUGCUGGAAAAAGAAAAAGACAUGAAUCAAACCGCUGGAGUGUCAAACCAAUGUCACAGACGCUCAUCCAUCGAUGUGAAGGAUGUGGGGGUCAUUUCUGCUGAGAUGAACUGGAAGGGUGUUGGAAUCUCUCUACUGGUCAUUGUGUUUGUGCUGUCAUUGAUUGGUCUGUCCAUCUUCAUGCUGUCUUCAGGUGGCACCCCUCACACUCUGGGAUCCUGUCUGACCCUGGAUGACAUUUUCUUCAGUGAGCGUCAGGUUCACAACCCCGAAGCUCAGUGGAUUAAUGAUUAUCAGCUCAUCUAUAGGGGCAGAGAUGGAGAUCUAAAGAUGCUAAAUAUGGAGACAAAUCAGACAGAGGUUUUAAUGAAAAACACCACAUUUGCAAUGUUCAAGGCCUCCAAGUUUGCUGUGUCACCAGACCUCAACUACAUUUUACUGGCAUAUGAUAUAAGAAAGUUGUACCAACAAUCCUUCCUGGCAUCUUACCUGAUAUACAACUUACACACACGGGAGGUGCAAGAAUUAAAUCCUCCUGAGGUGUUUGAUUCUGUCCUGCAGUUUGCAUCAUGGGGAGUUCACGGCCAACAGCUAGUGUACAUAUUUAAGAAUAAUAUUUACUAUCAGCCAGAAGUGAAGAGCAGCUCUCUCAGACUGACAUCAUCAGGGCAAGAGGGCCUCAUAUUUAAUGGAGUAACUGACUGGCUUUAUGAGGAGGAGGUCUUGCGUUCUGCAGUUGCUCUCUGGUGGUCUCCAUCAGGCUCCAGUCUGGCAUAUCUUACCAUCAAUGACACACUCGUCCCCAACAUGCACCUACCCCGUUUCACAGGAACACAGUACCCGUGUGGACAGCAGUACCCCUACCCGAAGGCUGGACAGAAGAAUCCUGAAGUGAUCUUGUACGUGGUCAGUGUGAAUGGAUCUACACAAACUACACAAAUCCUGCCUCCUAACAGUUUAGAAAGAAGUGAUCUUUACAUCACUAUGGUGCAGUGGGUAACAGAUGAGUGUUUGGCUGUACGCUGGUUAAACCGUCCUCAGAACACUUCUAUCCUAACACUCUGCUACACACAUACUGGGAAAUGUGCGGUGAAACACAUCAUGACAUCAGACAGGUGGAUCGACAGACAGAAUGAGAAACCAGUUUUCUCCAAAGAUGGAGAGACUUUUUUCAUCACAUCACCUCUCAAACAAGGAGGUCACGGAUCAUUUCGACACCUCGCUAUGAUGUCACAACAGUCUAAAGGUCAAUAUGUCAAUAUGCGUCACCUGACCUCAGGCACCUGGGAGGUCACAGAGAUCCUGACUUACGAUAAAAAGUGGAACAAACUAUAUUUUCUCAGCACAGAAUCGAGUCCCAGUCACAGACACCUGUACAGGGUGAGCACAGUGGAUCCUCUUCAGCGUGAGUGUUUGAGUUGUUCUGUGUUUAAACAUCACUGUUCAUUCUAUGAAGCGUUAUUGAGUCCAGACGGAAGGGCCGUGCUGCUGAACUGCAAAGGGCCUGAAAUCCCAGAAUCUACUGUGCACCAUCUGAGGAACAUCACCGAUCAUGUGACUCUAGAUGCUCAUGUGGAGUUCAGAGAAUCUCUCAGACAGAAAAGAAUGCCAGUCAGACAAAUCACAACUUUACAGAUCAACAACCGUGCACUGAGACUGGAGCUCAGCUUCCCUCCACAAUUUGAAGAAAGUAACCAGUACCCUCUACUACUACUGCUUGAUAGCGCUCCUGGUUCCCAGCAAGUGAAUGAGUGUUUUCAUCUAGAUUGGGCCGAUGUGCUGGUUAGCUGUGAUGAUGUCAUCGUGGCACGGGCGGAUGGCAGGGGGAGUGGUUUUCAGGGCGAGCAGAUUCUACAGGAAGUUCACAAGGGUUUGGGACUUGUGGACGUUGAAGAUCAACUUGCCAUUUUAAAGUAUCUGGCAGGGCUGUCUUAUAUCGAUGCACGCAGAGUCGGGGUUUUCGGAAAGGCAUACGGCGGCUUCUUGAGUUCAAUUCUUCUGCUGUCACACACAUCUGAGCUGCGCUGUGGCAUUGCCAUGGCACCAGUGUUUGACUGGCAACUCUAUGGUUCGACAUUUACAGAACGAUUCUUUGGCUUUCCCAUAAAAAAUGAUCUCAAAUACAAGAUCUCCAGUUUCGUGUCGAAUGUCACUCACUCUGAGAGUUUAAAGUUUUUGAUUCUUCAUGGAACAGCAGACGCAAACGUUCAUUUUCAACAUACAGCAGAACUGGUGAAGCUACUGUCCGAGUUUAAUGUGAAAUAUACGUUACAGAUUUUCCCUGAUGAGGGUGAUGUUGUCAUCAGCAGACGCUACAUGCUAAACUCACUCAUCUCCUUCAUCAGAGAGUGCUUCCAUGACAACUUACCUGUUACCAAGGAAACCAGUGAUGACGACUAACAUCUGUGGCCACCCCUCCUCCUCAUUUACAUAUUUAUUCACAAUGUCACCUGAAGAAGAGGCAGAGAGAUAGAUGAGUCACACAGCAUCAGAUCUAGAACAGCUGAUUCAUUCUCACACAUUGAUUGAGCAGCAGCACAACUCAUGAAACGCACAUCUUACCAGGCUGAAACAUUAACAAUUAAAUGUGAUUUCUGAUAACACUUUUUUAAUUGAUCAGAAAGAGACAAAGUAAUAAUACAUUGCAUUAUCUUGAAAAGUCCAAACUAUGACCAUCUUACAUAUGUUUAUUUUAUAAUCCCCUAGAAUUGCUGAACGUCAACUUGCUGUCUGUCUAUAUGUUAUAGAGUAGAAGUCUGUUUCCUUUGUCACUUCAUAACCUGUUGUCACAUGUUGUC